GGAGACCGUUUUUUAUUCUUUAGAUCAAACAAUCAGAAAACUCCGCUAAAAAUUACCUACUCGGCUUUCCACGGUGUUGGUUUCCUCUACGCUAAGCGCAUGCUGAAAGAAUUUGGCUUCCCUAUGGCUCAGUUCUUCUCUGUGAAGGAACAACAAGACCCAAAUCCUGAUUUCCCUACAGUUCCAUUCCCAAAUCCAGAGGAGGGGCACAAGGUAUUAACCUUAUCUUUCAAAACCGCGGAUGCAAAUGGAUCAACGUUCAUUAUUGCCAAUGAUCCAGAUGCUGAUAGAAUCCAGAUCGCUGAGAAGCAGAAGAAGUGA